CGCGCCUUCGGGGUGUGGUUGGUGGCGGUGGUUGGUUACCAUGGUGAAGCUGGCCGCCAAAUGCAUCCUGGCAGGGGACCCAACAGUGGGCAAGACCGCCCUGGCACAGAUCUUCCGCAGCGAUGGGGCCCAUUUCCAGAAGAACUACACACUGACCACAGGCGUGGAUGUGGUGGUGAAGACGGUUCCAGUCCCAGACACGAGCGACAGUGUGGAGCUCUUCAUUUUUGACUCCGCUGGCAAGGAGCUGUUUUCUGAAAUGCUGGAUAAAUUGUGGGAGAGCCCCAACGUCCUGUGUCUGGUCUACGACGUGACCAACGAGCAGUCCUUCAACAACUGCAGCAAGUGGCUAGAGAAGGCGCGGGCCCAGGCCCCAGGCAUCCUCCUCCCAGGUGUCUUGGUGGGGAACAAAACCGACCUGGCCAGCCGACGCGAAGUGGAGGCAGCGCAGGCCCGGGCGUGGGCGCUGGGCCAAGGCCUGGAGUACUUUGAGACGUCCGUGGUAAGUCCAUCCCCGCCCUGGGUGCCCGGUGCUUAGCCCGAGACCCAAGCGGCCUGGCGACAACCC